AUCUAAAGAAUCUCUUAGCAUAGCAAACGUAUGCAAUCACUUAUUUCUUGCAUAUGAAUGACUACCUGAGUGGUUCACCAAGAAACAUAGCUCUCUCUCUCUCUCUAGCCAAUGGAAAACAAAUCCACAAAGAAAGAAAUUAACAGGGGAGCAUGGACAGCAGAAGAAGAUGAAAAGCUAGCUGAAGCUAUACAGAUACAUGGUCCUAAAAAGUGGACAGCCAUUGCAGCUAAAGCAGGUUUGCAGAGGUGUGGUAAGAGCUGUAGGCUAAGAUGGCUAAAUUAUUUGAGACCAAACAUCAAGAGAGGAAAUAUAUCAGACCAAGAAGAGGACUUGAUUAUUAGGCUUCAUAAACUUUUAGGAAACAGGUGGUCACUGAUCGCAGGAAGAUUACCAGGUCGAACCGAUAAUGAGAUCAAGAACUACUGGAAUUCUCAUUUAAGCAAAAAGAAGGAAAUAAUGGAAAAACAAACCGGUCAUUAUUCAACAAGGGAAGGCUCGAAACUAGCUGAGAUGAAAGAGGAGGAUCAUAUCACCCCAAUAGAUGAACACGGGGUUGAAUGCUCGAAGGUCAUCUUUAACGUUGACGAGUUCUUUGAUUUCUCAAAUGAGGACCCCACAACCUUGGAUUGGGUUAACAGGUACCUUGCUGACACUGAUAGUGUAUUUCUUUCAUGAACUCUCACUUACCUCAGUAUGCAUCAUCUAGUUCAGCAAAUAGAGUAAAUAACCGCAUGCAUAUUUCAGAUUUCUGAGUUCUCCCAAGUCCUGAUGCUUCUAUCUAUAAAAC